AUGAUUCAACUCGAUGGCAGCACUCUCGAAGGCGGAGGCCAGCUAGUACGAAACGCCAUCGCGCUCUCAGCAUUGACCUCUCAGCCAGUCAGAGUCACCAAAAUCAGAGGGAGAAGACAAGGAGCUCGUGGACUUAGGCCAUCACACGCAGCAGCCAUACAGUGUUUACUUGACAUCUGCGGUGGGUCUGCUCUAGGUGCUACCGUCGGGUCUUCCGAGAUCACCUUUUAUCCACGAGGACAAAACGAAGGUACUCAAACUGACGCCAGCGUGGCUGAUGACGACAGUACAGACAACAUCACAGCGUUGCUGGAGUCGAUGAAGCUAGAGCCGGUGACCGGGGUGCCGCCAAUAAAGUCUGAGUACAACAUUCGCCUGACAACUCCAGGCUCCGCAUUCCUCAUAUUUCAAGCACUGUACCCGUACAUCUUGUAUGCCGGGGCAUGUGCGGCCGCUAGGACAGCAGAGAAGGGCGAGAGUCCUCCAGAAUUUCCCAUAAAGUUGAAAAUGACCGGAGGGACUAACGUUUCCUUUUCUCCAUCUUACGACUACGUCUCCCAAGUUCUCAUUCCCAACUUUGCGAGACUUGGGCUACCUCAGCUGAAAGUGACAUUAAAGCGUCGUGGAUGGACGGGGGGGCGAACAAACCUUGGGGCAGUAGUGUUCCUCAUCCAUCCACUGGAAAUCCAAAAAGUGGAUGCUCUGCCUCCUCUGCCCAACAGACAGCCCGCAUGCUGCCCAAAAUUAUCAACCCCAUGCUUCCCAAGAAUAAAUCUCGACAUGAUGGAGCGGGGAACAAUCACACACAUUGAUAUCACAGUUUUGGCACCCGACGUGGGAUUUGACGAAGUGGGCUCCGGGAGCGGUUCUAUACGUCGGAAGGGGCCGAAGAGUGGGGGCAAGCUCGGGAAAGGGCGUGAGAGUGACUGGGAACGUAAGGGCUUGGAAGGAUCGGACGCUGCAGCGGAUGAUAGCGACCUUAUAGAGGAACAAGAUCUUGGGGGUCGUUCCGCUCCGCAUUCCAUUCGCGAAUUUGUUGAGAAUCGCACGUUUGAGGCAGUAUUCAGCGGACUGAACUGCCAGAUCGGGAGCACCCAAGGGCUGCAGCCGCCUACUAUUCGGCUAUAUCAUUCGGAACCGACACGCCACUACUCCCACAUCUAUAUCCUCCUCGUUGCGCAUACAUCGACGGGAUUCCGCCUUGGCCGGGAUGCGCUAUUCGGAAGCGAGGGGGCACAGAGAUCAAGCGGGAGAUCCCAUCAAGGAGCCAAGGACGGUAAAUCACGAGGGAAAACAAAAUCCAAGCCAAGCAGUGGCAUACGGUUCAUAGUCGAAGACAUGGUUGCCCAAUGUGUAAGCGACUUGAUGGAUGAGCUGAUAGGAAGUGAUCCGUCAGACUCCAAGGGCCCGUUGGGGGGCGGUAAGUCGCGGAGAGUGCUGGAUAUGUUCAUGCGCGAUCAGGUGGUGAUAUUUCAGGCACUGGGUAGUUUGGGAGUCGCCGGCGAAGGAGAGCCUGCAGGUGUAGACCAGGGUGGUGAGAGGGAUCAAAAAAGUCUGCACACACAAACAGCGAUGUGGGUAUGCAGGCAGAUGCUGGGGGCGGAAUCCUAG